AAUAUCAAGCUAAAAGUAGAGAAAUCGCAUUCAGCCUUCAUUCUUUCCCGCUGCACUUCCUCGGAGUACAAAUAAAAAAUAAAUCGGACCUAAUUCUCUCUCUCUCUCUCUCUCCCGUCAGUUGCCCCAUGUGGCCCUAACCCAGAAACUACUAUCUCUCAUCGAUCAAAAACCCCCUUCUUCUUCCUCUGCUCCUCUCUCUCUCCAUCCACCCUAAACUACUUGCUAUGUAUCUCUCUCUCAAAACAAAAUUUAGGGUUUCCAAUACUUACAUUUCAACAUCCUAGACAGCGAUUCGAAAGAGGACAGUAAAAUCGUAGCAGAGAGCCAACAAGGCAGAGUCCUGGUAGGAGCUCGAGAAUGCAAGAUACAGGCAUUUCUCCAGUAAUGGACCCCUCGAGACAUAAGCAGCGAAAGAAGAAAUUGACAACCCAAAUUGCCUCUCCAUUUCUGCUCUCAGAUGACACAAAAAUGGGGCCAGAGAUGCUUCCUCCACCUUUGAAAUCACAAAAGGUUACUAAAAAGACCCAAGUGAAGGAAGCCUCCCCAGUGUUGCAGCAGCCCACUGAUAGAUCAAACUCUGAUUCACUCCCCGAUUCUUCUUCAGGACCUGGAAGUGAGUAUCGAGCUCUGAGGAGGAAAUAUUUGUUAUUAGAAGAACAAAGCUGUUCUCUGGGUGAAGAAUUGAGGGAGGUUGAGGAAGAGGUGAAGAAUUUGGAGGAUGAGAAGCUGGCACUAUUGGAUCAGCUGGUUGUCUUGGAGGGUCUCAUCGAUCCUUCCGAACUCAAAUCAUCGAGAGUUUUUUGAGAGAUGAAGGAUUUCUACUCAUCUCUUGAUGGUUGUAAAGUUUGUGAGGCUGAUUUUCCCUAGCAGUGUUUUUUUGUCUCUGAAAUCUUUCAGGGCCCUAUGCUUCUGAUGGCUGAGUUUGUAGAACUGGGAAGGCGAUGGGAGUAUGUUUAAGAUUUUGUAUUGUAGAACUGGGAAGGCGAUGGGAGUAUGUUUUAAGAUUUUGUAUAUAUAUAGUUUCUUUUGUAAAUCAGUUACUUGUAAUGUGUCUACGGUGCCUGAUCCUUUCAAGGCAAUCAAAGUACAUUUGAAUUCACGAAAUGAUGCAAAAGCUACUUCGAUAUA